AUGGCUGUACUACCCACACGUAAUCGUGGCAAAUCUGCCAGGGAUGUCUUAACCAAGGGCUAUGGAUUUGGCUUAAUAAAGCUUGAUUUGAAAACAAAGUCCCAAGUGACCCAGAGAAACAUUGCAGUUGGCUACAAGACUGAUGAAUUCCAGCUUCAUACUAAAGCGAAUGAUGGGACAGAGUUUGGCAGCUCCAUUUGCCAGGAGGUGAACAAGAAGUUGGAGACUGCUGUCAAUCUUGCCUGGGCAACAGGAAACAGUAACACUAGCUUGGGAAUAGCAGCCAAGUAUCAGAUCGACGGUAACAUCCACUUCUCUUCUUUAGAGUUGUUUUUUAAAGUGAACAACUCUAGCCUGAGAGGUUUAGGAUACACUCAGACCCUAAAGCCAGGUAUCAGACUGACAUUGUCAGCUCUCCUGGAUGGCAAGAAUGUCAAUGCUAGUGGCCACAAGCUUGGUAUAGAACUGUACAAUUGUUUAAUUUUCAACUAUUUUGCAGCAUAG